AUGCUAACACUAUCACGCGUUACUGCAAUGAUGAAGGGAACAACAACAACAACUUCUCGUGUUGUAGUUACUGCAGUAAACGGCAACAGAGGCAGUAAUGGUUUUCUGCCAGUAUGGAAUAAUACAAAUGAUACCAACAAUAAUCAGAUGGAUCCAUUACGUCUCUUGAACACACUUAGCCCUGUACGUUCUCCAGGGCGAGAGACAGAUCAGUGUGUUGUAGAGAAUUUAUAUCAUUUACUUCUUCCUGCAGAUAUUCAUACAUCAGAGAGUCAUCAUUUUAUUCUCUUUUUCACAUCUUUUACAACUAUAAACGAUUUUUCUCGUCUUAUACACUCAGCCAAACUUCUGGCUAUACCGUUAAUGGGUAGUUCAUGUAUAUCCAUGCAUUUGGACACAACGGCACUAACGACAACUUCACUAUCACUAACUCCUUCUAUUCGUUGUCUUCGCUGCUCAAUCAUACCUUCAAGUGUAAGAAGUGUUUUGCAACAGACUUUGGCAUCUCUUUUACAAUUACAGAGACAUGUUCCUCUUUCACUACAUUUUGGGCGUUAUAUAAUCCCAUGUACUGCACGUCGUUCAUAUUUUCAUAUUCCCACACGUUGUUGUGCAAUGGAAGACUUUAAUACUUCGAAAGUGAAUACGGAAGAAUUUCGAAUUGAUGUUGAUGAGAAUGACACGCUGGUAUUUUGUGGACGAAGUGUGUGUUCCUCACAGUUUGAGCGUGAGCGUUGGACGUCGAAGGAAGUUGUGCUCACUGUUGACAGUAUUAUAAGUAACCAAGAGAUGAGUGAUGAUAUACUCUACGGCGAUGGAUGGAUACUUCAGCCGCAAGAAACCAAACAUCAUGAACGCAGUCCUGAGGAAUGGUUAUAUCAUCUUUCACAGGAAGUGCAGAAUGAUCUUCUCAUUCUCACUACACAGCAGCCACAAUUGGAUUCACCGCACCAAUUGGCUUUACCUUCUUCAACCUUUGUCGGUUUCUUUCUAAAACCCACGCAGUUGUAUAUACGAAGACUUAUCCCUCCUGAGCUGUGGAUAGAACAGGGGGAAUCGCUUGGAUCAAACAACAUGCGUUAUCGUCUUGAUACUGCUUUGACAGUGGAGUUGAAAAAGACGGCCGAUACUUUGCGUGCGAAUGGCACGAAUCUUUCUUGGAAGAAGCCCAUUGGCGUUUGUCGCAUGUUAACACAAUUAAAACUCAACCAUGAGUUUACGCUUCAUCUUGAGAAAUCUCAAAGUCAGACGAAACGCAAUGGUGCCUUUCCUCUUCACAGUCAUCACAGAUAG